AUUGAUGAUGUUCAUGGCGAGGCAGCUGCUGUGGGGGCAGCUCUGUCUGGUGAUUGGCAGUGGCUGGCCUCUGGACUUCUGUUGGAAUUGACGGCAGUGCUGCUGAUGAGGUCUCCAAAUUACGCCCAUUAUGCCUCAAGAGAGUUCCAGGAGUGGCGAGGCAGCUGCUGGAGGGGCAGCUCUGUCGGUUUAAUAGCAGGUUUUAUUGGCAUUAAACUUCUGCUAUUUGUCGCAAUCAGUAGACGCCGUUUAAUCCGUCGCUUUCGGAGUCGCCACUGGAUUCUCCAUUUAGAAACCUACCUAGGUCCUCAUAAGGCUCUUCAUCGGUCCAUUGGCUCACCGUCCGAUAUGGCCACUGCUGCUGCUGUAUUGGCGGCUAUUGGAACCGCUGCUGCUGCUGCUGCAGCCAAUCUGGUUUUGAGCGCAGCUGCCAUCACACUGGGCGUCUGGCCGCUGCUGCUGCUGGUGUUGGCGUGGCGUCGGAGCAUCAUUCGCGAUCGGCUGCAUCGGCUGGACCCUCUGGUUGGCUGGCCUCUGGACUUCUGUUGGAAUUGA